ACUUGGGUGGUGGGGUCAAGAUGCUGCAUGGUAUGGUUUGCCUGCAGUCCUGACAUCGCGCAACACAUGACUCAUUCCUUCCUUGAGCAGCAGUGGAAAUACUUUAAAAUCUUCCAGACUUUAAACAGAGAGUUUUUAUGGUUCACUUGGGGGUUUUCGUGCUGGGCUUCACCUGGACUUUCUGGAGCUUCACGACAGGUCACACAGAGGAUGAAGAACCCAGAACCAACAUCACGUUGACGACAGAAUUACAAACGAAUUUGCAAACUCCAGAUCCAAACCAAGAGACGGAUGUUCAAGGGCUCUGCUGAAAGUAAGACGUGCAUCACAUCGGAGAAUCUCUCGUCAAUCAAGAUCCGGAAAGAGAAGUGAAGAGCCCUGAAGAGCAACCACUGUCUACGUCUGAUAGGAACAGGCCUCACUGAGAUAUCAUCAUGUCAGAUGAUUACGGAAAUUCAACCGACUACUAUUACGACUAUUACGACUAUUACAAUGGAACUGGGGAAGACUUCGCUCCGUGCAACAAUGCUGAUUUGAGGAAUUUCAGCAAAGUGUUUCUGCCCACUCUCUAUAGCUUUGUUUUCGUCCUAGGCUUCUUAGGCAAUGGCCUAGUGGUGUGUGUCCUGGUGAAGCAUCGGCACCAGACCAACUUGGCAGAAAUCUGCCUUUUCAACCUGGCUCUCUCCGACCUCCUCUUCGUCCUCACGCUGCCUUUCUACUCUCACUACGCCCGGGUCGCUCAAUGGACCUUCGGAGACUUUCUGUGCCGCUUGGCCUCCGGCUCCCACAGCACUGGUUUCUUCAGCAGCAUCUUCUUCAUGGUGGUCAUGACGCUUGACAGCUACAUGGUCAUCAUGCACGCUCACAAGGUGGCACGGUCUCGCACCCUGCGGUCAGCCGUCGCCCUGAGCGUGUUCGUCUGGACGCUGAGCUUCUGCAUCUCUCUGCCGCAUGUCAUCUUCACGAAGGUGACACACGAGUCCGAUGCGGUGGCUUGUAGUUACGAACCAGAAAACGAUGACUGGAGGCUUUAUGACACCUUCACAAUGCAUGUGUUGGGUCUAGUGAUCCCUCUGCUGGUGAUGAUCGUUUGCUACUCAAGGAUCCUCCCCAUGCUGGUGAACAUGAGGAGUGCUAAAAAGCAGCGUGUCGUCAAGCUGAUCCUCUCCAUUGUGAUCACCUUUUUCUUAUUCUGGGCCCCGUAUAACCUUUCCCUGUUCUUGUGGUUUCUAAAGGCUAAAGGGUUAUUGCCAAACAAAUGCAGCGUAGAAACCCAUUUAAUGCUGUCAAUAACGGUGACUGAGACCGUGGCUUACACUCACUGCUGCCUGAACCCCAUCAUCUACGCCUUUGCGGGACAAACGUUCAUGAAGCGAGCGCUGCCGCUGCUGAGGAAAUGUGUGCCCGGGGUUCUUCUGCCUUCCAACAGAGACUCCUCAGAGAGCUCAUACAGGAAGAGCUCAGUGUCUCGGUCCUCUGAUGUCCCCUCCAUCAUGUAAAAGGUGUAGGGCAGAUUAUGUUAUGGUUUUAUGGACCAUGAAGAGUCCACAUGUGGGUUUCAAAUGUCCAUUUAACAAUGUCCGACGGUCUAAUUGUCCGUCUAAUGUAAUAUUUAAAAAUAUAAAGACAAAGAACAGAACGCAAAUUGAUCAUUUUGAGCAUUUUAUUUUUCAUAUGUAUUUGUUGAGUUUUUUUCUGUGUAUCUAUAUCAUCACAUUACUAUGUUUUAGCUUAACUUAACUGUAAUAUGUUCUUUCUACAUUUCAAACCCCACUUACAAAAAGGGGCUGCAACGGAUCUGAUAAAAACUGAUCCAGAUUUGAACACUGUCCUGACGUCAGGACGGUGGCGCUACGGCUAUUGGGCCAACUCUCCACCUAUCAGGGGAAUGUGGGGUUGGGCCACGGCCGGCCAUUGCCGCUCGAAAGCGCUGGAGACGCUGUAGUACAUAUGCCAGGCCUGUAAGUGGCGCUGUAGUCUGCCACAAAAGCAGCGAAGAAGACUUCCCGCCCUUAGUUGUUCUGUCUAUGUUUGUUGUUCUGUCUAUGUUUUUAAUGUUUCAUGUGGAACCUACUUGAGCAGGUCUCCCUUGAAAAAGAGAUCAAUGAUCUCAAUGGGAUACAACCUGGAUAAAUAAAGGUUUGAAAUGAAAUGAAA